AUGCAGUGCAACGUUUGCAUUUUACAAACGGUUGUCCUUCAGUCUGUUCUUUCAGGUUUACGACCGGAAAUUAUAAUGGAAAUUUGUUCGCGGGCCUUAUCAUUUUGGACAUAUCAAACAACGCAAGAAUCAUGCUUUCAAGAGAUGAUGUACAAGAGUCUGGAAGAUAAGUAUGCACAACUGGAAAAGCAAAUACAAGGAGUAAUGAGGGAGGCUCAGGCUGAAAUCACGACGUUGAGAACAAAAGUCCAAGCAUUAACAAAGGAUAUGGAACUUGAAAAGCGAAAAACUCAUGAUUUAGCAGAACAGUUACAGGAGAAAGGAAGGCAGUUUUCAAAACUGCAGGCCAUGUAUGAUAAACUGAAGCGUCGAUCACUCGUGCACAAUACUACCAGUAAUGUUAUUACUGGUGGUGGAAAUGUGAACAUGCCUCAUUUACAGCAAACUGGAAUACAACGUUUAUACGGAGACAAUUUAGUGUCGAAUAGAACAACCAUCAACCAACCAUCAUGGAGCGCAGGCGGUGAAAAUACCCGUGAUACAUAUCACGAAAUUAAUAGAACACAGCAUCAAAUCUCACUACAAGAUUAUUCGUCCGUGAGAGAACCCAUUUCUUUUAAUUCCACCUUAGAUGGUGGCAGAAGGGUGGUUGACGGAAACGACAUGAAUAAUACUUUACGACAAAAAACAUCUUUCACACAAACAAGAACCCCUUUUACGAUGACAACGUCUAGUCCUGGUAUCAGGAUGGUGGCAUCUAACAAAGGCGCGAGGUGA